GUUGGCUCGGCACCACACGUGCAUCCGGAGAGCAGCUAGCCAACGUGCGUGGCUUGCGGAGGCUCUGUCUACAAGCUUGUUUUUAAUCUUCCAAUUUAUGCGAAAUGACCGAAAGUAAAGGAGACGCGGCUAUCGAGCCGGGCAAGGAGCUGCUGGCUCUGAACCCAGCGCAGGAGUCCGAGUUCAAGAAGAAGGUGCGGGAGGUGAAAAAGAAGAAGAAAUCCGGCAAGAGGACUCAUUUAACUCCAGGAGUGGUUUAUGUCGGCCACCUGCCAGUGGGUCUGUUUGAGCCUCAGCUCAGAUCGUACUUCGGACAGUUUGGGAACAUCCUGAGGCUGCGCUUGUCCAGGAGCAAGAAGACUGGUGGAAGCAAAGGCUAUGCUUUUGUAGAGUUUGACUGCGAUGAAGUUGCUAAGAUUGUGGCAGAGACUAUGAACAAUUACCUCAUGGGAGAGAGGCUCAUCCAAUGUCACGUUAUUCCACCAGAGAAGGUGCAUGAGAAGAUGUUUGUUGGCUCCCACAGGGAAUUUAAAAAACCUUCACUUCCUGCCGUGAAACGCUACAACACGAAACACUCGGCAGAGCAGAUUGCCAAGAUGACAGAGAAGCUCCUGCGCAAAGAGUCCAAGCUCCGCAAACGGCUGGCAGCACGCGGCAUCGACUAUGACUUCCCAGGAUUUGCUUCUCAGGUGCCUCCGAAGAAGAAGUCCUCCGAUGCCGCGAAUGCAUCAACGUGUAGUGAUGACACCACUCCAGUCUGCACACCCUCCGUGCUGGAGAGGAGGAAGUCCAUGGUCGCCGGUGACGAUGACGCAGAUGACGAAAUCGUCAUCAAGAUGCCGGCUGUAGAGGUGGAUGAAGAAUGCUCUGGAGAGGAGGAGAGUGAGAGCGAUGAGGACGAGGACGAGGAGGCGGGGGACGACUCAGAAAGUGAGGAAGCAAGUGAAGAGGAGCAGUGAAAAUCUUGAGUGUCGUAUUUUGGACUUCAGAGACUGACUGGCUGUCAGAGUAAAAAUACAUACAUCAGGAUCGUGAACUGUGUCCAGUCUUGAUGUAUGUGAAAUUCACAUUACAACCAGAAAGGCGCUCUUAUAUAAGAUACCGCUCUGAGGGUAUUAUUGUUAGUACCAUGGACGGUGCUGACGCAACCAUCCCAGUGAGCCGGACUGAUGGCAGCAUUUGCGUCUAGACGGCUUUUAACAAAAGCCUCUCUCCAAGAGGUUGUUUCCUUUGCCAUACUAGGCUUUGAGGGAAAGAAAGAUUUGUCAACCUUGUGUUUUGCUUUGUAACAACACUUGUCUAGAAACUUAACUUUAAUUUCUACUCUGUAAAGUAUGAUCUUUAAAAAUAAAUGUGAGAAUGUAUUGUUUAGCUGUUAUUCCAUUACCCGUUUUGUCACUGUAAACAAUAAUAAAAUAAAUAAUAAAAGGCUAAAUGCUUUUCACAUGCCAACACAAUGUCAUGAGAUAGCCAGCAGAGCAA